AUAAACAAUAUUUUCUCGUCAUUAUUGUUCAAGUUAACAAUUAGUCCGGAAUUUUCAGACGAAGAAACAGUUGAUUUGUCAGACUUUUCUCAAGACAUGGCUGAAUUGUUUUCUGAUGUUUUAAAAGGCGCAAGACAAACACAAAAUACACUAGCAGCUGAAGAUGAGUUGAUGUCAACAAUCAAUACAGCUGAAGACAACAUGAUUGAAAUGGUAAAUAUGGUUCUAGAUAAACGAACUAGUGAUGAGAACCCUACACCUGUUGCCAUAACUACGACUGAAGUUUCUGUGUUAGCUAUAAAAGCUAAAGGUGGAAAGUUACCGGAACACUUUUUAACUGAAAUUGGUGGACUAUCUCUACCAUUUUUUGAAACAUUUCAAGACAGGUCCCGGAAGAAAGAAAUAGUUAUAAUUGUAUUUGCUUAUAAAAGAAGUCCAUAUCUAUACGUGACAAAUCCAGAAUCUAUAGGAAAUGGUUCAUCAGUCGUUAAAGUCAUAAUACUGGAAAAGGAAAAGGAAAAGGAAAAGGAAAAGGAUAUACUCAAAAUUGAAGACGAGGAUGAUCCCUUAGAAGUUACGCUUAGUAAUGAAAAGCUAGAACUUGCAAACGAACUGGUGUCUAUGACAGAAUCCUCAACAGACUCUGGCAUCUUUAUGAGCUAUGUGGACACAACAGUCCCGGCAAACGAAUUUCUAAUUGAAAUUAAGUUAAAAUCGUUAAAAAUUUGUGAUAUUUUUGGCAAAUAUGAAACUUUUCCAGAUCAGAGCGAUUAUGAUUUAUAUGUAAAAACAAAAGGGCGAAGUAGAAUUAUCUACCGUGAUCCAUUAAAACUUAAAGCAAGCUAUUAUAAACAGUCGUUGAAAAUAACCUUAUUGUCUAAUCCAACAAAUAGGUAUAUGAAACCAUUAGUUGUAACUGCAAGUUGUGAAGAUGACCGAUAUGAUGGCAACACACGGAAGAAGAGAUCAAUUUCACUAGUGACACAUAAGUUCAGAACAAGCUAUGUAUCCUCUUCCACUUUGUUCAAAACCUUCGAAAACUGGACAGCAAAUGAACGCAAAGAGGACUUGAGAACUUCAGACAACCAAAUAAAAUUCAAAAGUAACUUCCUUGGUGCGUUUUCUGCUGACGUAUUUUUCAUUCCUCCAAGUGAUAUAGAUUUUUCGAAGAUAUUUGCCACUUUCACCACAUCAUUGGUUGAUAGCCCUUAUGCCUUGGCUGCGAUUAUUACCAUGUUAGUUAUUGGUAGUUUACUGACGAUAAAAUUACGAUGGUUAGAUAUAAGUGAUAAAAUCAUGUGGGAAUUUCUUCCUUUGAAAGACAAUCCAUAUGAUUUUUCCGUGGUAUAUUUUGUUACAAUUGAAACGUCAGUAAACUCAAGCAGAGAAAUGAAAUCCUCUGUAUUUCUUAAUAUAAUUGGACAAAACGGCUUUUCUGGGACACGCAAAAUGGACGACGGGAUCCGCAAGAAUUUCAAGAAUGGAACAACAUCUCACUUUACAAUGAAACUAGAAGAAGACGUAGGACAUAUACAAAAAAUACAGAUAUGGCAUGAUAAUACUGAUGGUCAUACGGAAUGGCAUCUCCGUAAAGUAUCUAUUAUAAAAGCAAAUACUCUUCAACGGUAUACAUUUCUGUGUGGACGAGUUUUAUCACUAAAAAGCGAAAAUGGACGGAUAUGGAGCAGCUUAAAUGUGUUUAAUGAAGAUGUGGUCGAAACAGAUACAUUGUUUUAUAACAUUAGUCGACGAAAGUUAUUUGAUGAUUAUUUGUGGGUUUCCCUUGUCAAAAGACCACAGUUUAGCCGAUUUACAAGGGUUCAACGACUAUGGUGCUUGACAACGAUUCUUUUUCUCUCAAUGGUAUCAUCAGCUAUGUGGUACGACAUACCAGAUGAUGAAACGACACAGAGUAUAAUUUUAGGACCGCUCAAGUUGAAUUUCAAGCAAUUUUAUGUUGGACUUAUGUCUGGAUUAGUAGCUUUAAUACCAAGCAUAGUUUUGGUUCUAAUUUUUCGAAAAAGGAAAUUUCAAGGUGAAGUAUGUCAGGGAUGUUAUAUACCAUGGUGGUUUAUCUUCAUUGCUUAUGCACUGAUUGUGUUAUGUGUCGUGAUAAGUGGUACAUUUGUGUUCCUGUAUUCACUUCAAUGGGGAGGAGAUAAAACCUUGGAAUGGAUGAUAUCGUUCCUUCUCUCUGUAUGUCAAAGUGUUCUGAUACUGGAGCCAUUAAAGGCCAUAAUGAUAGCUGCAGUGAUAGCUUGUGUAUUUAAACGUGUUGGAAGCAAGGAAUUAUGCGAUCUUUCAACACCAAUACCAAGUGGAGACAACUUUAGCAAUGCCAACUCAGGACAAGAUGUACAUAUGGAGGUCAGCACAAAGAAUGACCACAAUAGAGCUGAAUAUCCCCUUUUUCCUGGCAAUCAAAAUGAGACCAAAGAGCAAAUACUUUUCCGUAAAACUGUUCAAUUAGACAAAAGACUAUGGGCCAAAACACGCACUUGGAUUGGAAUAUUUCUUUAUGUGACACUUAUUGCAGCAAUAUGUUCACAUAAUGAUGUUUCCUCUGCAUAUCUGCAAAACGAACAUAUUUUAAAUACUCUCUCUACGAUCAAUACGCCGAAUUCGUCUAGUGAGAUUUCUGAUUUCAUUAAGACCACAUUUUCUCGAGCUGUUUAUCCAAAGUGGUGGGAAACAGAAAAUGAUGAAUUACUGAGACCCGCAUAUAUUCAGAGAUUUCUUCUAAAUGCAUAUAACUAUCGUCUGACAUUAACACGCUUAAGACAGUUACGAGUAAAAGGUAAUUGUACAGGACCAGCCAUCACGCAAGAUACUAUUCGGAGAUGUGUGCCAUCCUAUUCUGAAGAAACUGAAGAGACUGCCAACUUUUGCCCAUUUUGGGGAGAUUUUAAUGAAUCAGAUUGCUUUGACGAAAAUGAAGAAUUUCAUUAUAGUUUCUUAAAUUCGCGAUUUGAUGACCUUGAUCCAGCUGGAGAUUUGAUUUUUGUCGGAGAACAUGGUACAUAUGGACCUGGUGGCUAUUACAUAGAUCUUGGUCCAAAGCAAAGUCUGGUAUCGAAAUACCUUGAUGAACUUAUCGAACAUGAUUGGAUAGAUUACAGGACAAGAGUUUUAUUCUUAGAUUUAGUGACUUAUAACGCAAACUCAAGAUUAUUUAGUCAAAUCAAACUUGUCUUUGAAUUACCAACUACAGGGAGUAUUACACUAACCAAACAUGUAUGGUCUGCUAGUUUUUAUCCAUACCAGUCUUCCUUAGACUUUGUUGUAUUAGUGCUACAGAUAAUUUUCGUGCUAGUUUUGUGUGUUCGAUUUGUACUGUUCCUUGUAUACUUAAUCCGCUGUCGGAUGAAUGCAUUUUUAAUCGUUCACACGUAUUCCAAAUUCUUGGAGUUAUUUUUUGGUGCAGUUGCCAUAAUAUGCUAUAUCUUAAGGAUUGAUGCUACGAUUUCUGUUAUCACAUCUCUUAGAGAAAGUGUUGGUCGUUACAUAUCAUUCGAAAAAGUUUACCAGUUUGACGCUGCUUACCAAGGAUCACUAGCAAUGUUAUUAUUUAUCAUUAUUUUGGAUCUUCUAUCACCUCUUGAGUUCAAUUACCAUUUCUUCACGAUGGUUUCAUCUUUAAAGAUUGCUAGAGGAGCAAUUGUAGCCUUCAUGGUGAUAAUAAUUCUAGAACUUACUGCAUUUGCCUCGUUGAUAUGGCUCACCAUAGGAAGAAAACACGAAAUGUUCAAAAACAUGUUUGAAACAAUGAACACACUUUUAACUGUAUUGUUAUCUAUGAGAAAGUAUAAUACAGAAGCAUUUGAUGACCUUUUAGUCAAAUUUUAUUUUGGACUCUAUACAUUUAGUUUGACAAUAACUUUGGUCAACGUUUUUAUAUCACUGUUGACAAUAUCAUUAAACGACGUCAAGCGCGAUCUAGACAAAGGCGUUCUUCAGUUUGACCAAGAUUUGAACAAACAUUUAUGGGUAAAAUUCAACAAGUUCAUACAGUGGAUAAAAGACAAAUUGUGCUUUCCGGAAAUUAGAGAAAAAGAAGAUGGUAAACUUAAAGAGUGUAUUGAGAAACUAUGCAGUGCCACCAGUAAAAUGGAAAAACGUGAAGUCGAAAACCACAAAAUCUUAGGACGGUUAAUGAUCAAAUUAAUUCAAUGGAAAAAGUGGAAAGUCCAGCUUGACUGUUUGAAUGUUGAUCGCCAACGAUUUGCUACAAAAUACGUAUUUGGUUAUAAAAGAUCAGGAGAAACAUUGAUUAUCCUGACAGUACCAUUCCUGUCUUAUUCCAACGUUAUAGACUUGACCUGUUUUAUAAUACCAUGCAGCAAACAAAAUAUCGAUAGGAGAAUAAAGGACGGAAAAUUUGAAAAUUCUUUUAUGUUUGUCUUACGAGAAAACAUCAAUUUACAGGGAAGUGUUUUAGUAGACAUUUUAAACUUGUCAGAAUUUUCAUCGACAUCUUUUAACGCAGUCAUGACAAAACAAGAUAUAGAAGAUUGGAAAAUACAUGCAGCUUGUUAUGUUCAAUCAGGAAUUCAGGUGACACUGAGGAACAUUCCACACACAUUUGCUGCGAUUCAAACUGGACAGAAGUUCUCCGAUUAUGGAUGGAGGCCAUUUGAAACGUACAUCACUUCAAGAAAUGGUGAAAGUGUAUACCUGUCAUAUGACCUGGAGACAAAAAUCGUUUUUGAAGAAAGCUGUUUCCCACAAUGUUUGUCUGUAUCUAUGCGAACAAGACAGGGACCAUCAACAACGAUUGUAAAUGUAGAUAUCGAUGAAGGAAUACAAACAAGAUCAGAAAUUCAUUUACCACUAUCAAAUGUCAAAGGAACUGAUGGCGACCAUAGUCAUUUAGCCCAUUACAUAAUUGUAGGCAGAGAAAGUUCAGAUAAAGAAUGGGAGAAAAUAAACUCUACUCUAAAAACUACAGAGAAUGGCUUUCGGUUUGCAUUCAACAAACCAUGGUCAGUGUUUGAAGUAACUGUUAAAGAAUCAAAGAUUCAUUGGAUUCAAAAGUAUCGACACAAUUCCUAUUUUGAUAUUCCCCUGGUAAAGGCCAUAGUGAUGAUCAGUCAAAUAAAAGAAGUGGCCAGAAAAUGGAAACAAAUAGCAAAUAUGUUAGGGAUGAUAGAUACAGACAUGUUUACGUCAGAAGAUGAAGUUCUAUGCCAGGAAGAAAAAUGUUUUAUGGUGUUAGAGAAAUGGUUACAGCAAUCGACAGUUACAUUCAGAAUGUUGAUAUCGUUAUUAUGUUCCUUAAAUUUGAAGGCUAUAGCAGACCAAAUUGAACAAAAAUGGAAGACUGAUAUUUUCCCUGAGCAAUGUAGAAGCAAUGACAGCAAUGAUAAUGAUAAUGGUACCGUAUUGGCAAAUCCAGACAAAGAUGUUACAGGCAAUCAAAGAAUGAAAGAAUUUAUAUAUCAGAACAAUUAAACUGUGUUUCACAGUCAACGUUUUGAUAAGGAAACUUUUGUCAGAAUUGUACACCCAUUUCUUUUUUCGAAAGUUUAAGGACUUUUAUUCAUUCAUAUGCAGCAAACAAAAGAAAGGAAAUACAAUACAUACAGAUUUUUCAAUUUCUAUUGUUACAUGCCUCAGGCGUAUUCUAAUUUUAUUUAGAUUAAGUGACAUCGCUUGGUUACUGUAUCUUGACCUUCAUACACAUUUACUAGUAGCUGUCACUUUUGCAGACGUAUAGCGCAUCUGGCGUACAAAAUAUAAUCCUGGUGCCUUUAUUAAUUUUAUGAUAGUCAAAGUGGUAACAUUUCCUAUUUACUGUAAGUUGUCAUGAACGGACAAGCAUAUGAUUUGCUGUCCCUAAUUCAAGAGGGUCUGGAUGGAGGGUCCUAAAUUUCUGUAUAUUUAAUUUUUAAUGGCAUUUUCUUUAUCUUUAAAAAUAACGCUUAUUCUUUAAAAUCCUCAUGUAAUGGUUUUACCAUUAAAUUAUUAUAAAAUUACAAGUAGAUGAUUUCUUUAUUCUGUACAUCUUUCAUUUCUCUAAUCAGUAUUGUAUUACCAUUUCUCUGAUCAGUAUUGUAUUACCAUUUCUCUGAUCAGUAUUGUAUUACCAUUUCUCUAAUCAGUAUUGUAUUACCAUUUCUCUGAUCAGUAUUGUAUUACCAUUUCUCUGAUCAGUAUUGUAUUACCAUUUCUCUGAUCAGUAUUGUAUUACCAUUUCUCUGAUCAGUAUUGUAUUACCAUUUCUCUGAUCAGUAUUGUAUUACCAUUUCUCUGAUCAGUAUUGUAUUACCAUUUCUCUGAUCAGUAUUGUAUUACCAUUUCUCUGAUCAGUAUUGUAUUACCAUUUCUCUGAUCAGUAUUGUAUUACUUUAUUUUCCAUAGUUAUUCUUUAUACUGUUGCAUCCCAUUAUUCAAUAUCCUUUAUCUUUUUUGCUAAUUUUUCUCUAUUUAUUAUUUUUUUGGCCAACAUUCUCUUUUGUGUACCCCCAUUCAGACCCCCAUUAAAAAACCCCAAAAUUGCUUUUUUCGAAGCACGUCUAAAUUAAAUAAACAUUUAUAAAUUUCGUUCGUCCAAUGUGAGUUUCUGGAUUUACCUUCAUCAGGUACGCUCAAACCUAAACAUUUGAAAGCCAUGGAGGUGUAAAAACGCUAGAAGUUAUAUGACAAAAAAGGACCUAAACAGAAUAGACAAAUUAAUCAUAAGGUCAACUUUUCCUUAGGGAGUUGGAACCUUAGUUUAAGAAUAGUAUCGAUCAUCAAAAAUGAUCGGGAGCAAAGAUUGAACACCUAAACAAGUAUAAGAACGAAUCAUAAGAUGUGGAUCCGGCCGACAUAUACUCUUUCAGCCAUAGUCAGGGGGUAGAUGUUAUGCUACUUCAUAAUAAUGGGAAUAAAGUUGAUUAAAAGAAAACUGUAAUUAUCACAUUUUUCAUAUAUCCUAUUUGUGUUUGGUCCUCUGAAUUCGAAAAGCAAAAAUUAAUAUAAAUCAGUCAAAUUACCACCUUUAAAUGUUCACAGGACUAUCUAACUUUCAAUCAUCAUUUUUUAUAUCUUUAUAUUUUGUCUUACAUAGUUACUCUAGGGAUUCAGACUCCUUGUAUUUUGUGGGAAAAUGCAAGCACUGCCAAAAUAGCUUGUCAUUAAUAUUUAGAUAUUAGGGGACGACCAUUUGAUAUUCGAGGUGGGAGGGCAGGAGGAUUUUUUGCGGAUUGACUAAUGAUUUUCAUCUGUUGCUAAGAGUCAAUUACCAAUACGCUAUUAUGCGAUGCCUAAUCAGAUUGAUAUAACAUAUCAACGUAUUUCAUAGUUUCAUAGGAGCAACACGACGGGUGUUGCAUGUGGAGCAGGAUCAGCUUAUCCUUCCGGAGCACCUGAGAUCACCACCGGUUUUUAGUGGUGUUAAAUUCGUGUUGCUCAGUCUUUAGUUUUCAAUGUUGUGUUUUGUAUACUGUCGUUUGUUUUUUGGUCGUUUUUCGCUUUUUGCCAUGGCAUUGUUUGUUGCCGACUUAUGAUUUUGAUUACCCCUUUUGUAGCUUUCGUCUCUCUUUUGCUACUCAUGCUAUUUUUCCUUGGCUUCGUCGCAGGAAAAUUUAUUUUCUAUUUUUUUACACAACUGUUUUUUGCAUUUUGUAUGACAGACUAACGUCACAGUACCCAAAUUGCACCGAGUACCCAAAUUGCACCUAUUCAACAAAAACAGCUGCGGAAAUCUUACAACUUUUCUUUGAGGCUAAAAAAUUUGUAUUAUCAUGAUUUGACAUUAUAUACGUCUUUCAACAUAGAUAAAUAUAUUUAAAUUUACACAAAACGUUCACAGUAUAUCAACAGAUGAAGCAUUCACUGGAAAAAAGUAAAAUCUACAGAAACGUCGCCAUGCGACGGUCACAAAAAGUCAUCUUUUAAAAAUGUGCAAAUAAAAUAUGUUACAAGCAUCCAUUUCUUAAAAAAUGUCUUAAAAAAUGAAUAGUAAGCAUGGACUAAUGUCAAAUUGUUCUAAAUAUUUGAAGAAAUAAAACAAAACAUCUGUUAUUCGAUUUUUAAGGAUGUAAAUUUAAGCAUGGAUGCAAUUUGGGUACUCCUCAUUACAGAAUCAUGGAUCGUUUGGAGGUCGGUUCAAACCCAUUUUUCUAUAAUUUAAUAUGGAUUCAAAAUUGAAUUGGUGUAACUAUAUAGUAAAUAAGGAUACGUCUACAAAAUAAACACAGAAUGGAAACUUUUGUCUGGAUCAUAAAAAAACGUAGGUGAAAAAACUGUCAAAAUAGGUGCAAUUUGGGUACCCUCACGUUAUGCAUUAUCAUUCUGACUUUUGCGAGUUUAAUUAUUUGCAGCUCUUACAAGAUAAAAUAAGGAAAUGUGGUAUGAUUGACAAGGUCAAUAUCUUUUAUUAAGUUGAAUAUUAAAAAUUUGGUGUUUUUACCUUUUUAAAUUUGUAUGGUUAAUCUUGAGUCAUUUCAUUAUAUUUGUAAUUUAUUUUGAAUUAAAUCUCUACAUCACCUUG